AUGGCCUCAGCCGCCGUGACCACGCCACUCAAGUCCCAUCGGGGGCUCUUCACUACCCGUACCGCCGGCGGGCGCAUGCCUUUGACUCCUUCGCCUCGCCAGUGCUCGACCACUUCAAUCCCGCUGAACCUCAACUCCUCGCCCUACACUCCUGAGCGUCAGCCGAGCAAGGACGGCUACAGGCCCACCAAGUCCACGUACGGCGGAAACCUCACCGCCCACCUCGCCCGCUCUGCCACCAAGCCCAAGUCCUCUCACCGUGACUCUCCCAAGUCCAAUAUCGCCCGCGGUGUCGCUACCCCUCGCAAGGCUCUUGAGCUCGGCGUGUCCGACUUCACCUUGACUGGCUCGGGAAAAACUCCCUCUAGUGCCAAGCCCAAGAAGUCCCAGAGGAUCAAGUCCAGCAAGACCACGAUCAACUACGGCGGCGAUCGCUUCAUCCCCAACCGCGGUGCGAGCUCUGCCAUUUCCAACGUCGGCAGUGGCAAGCUUGAUCAUGCCGAGAAGCGUCCCAAGUCUAGCAACGGUGAUGGCUCCGCCACUCUCUCGUCUGCUGCCGACGAGGCCCUGGCUGCCCUCGAGGGUCUCAGCAUCAACGAUGAUGAUGAGCCUACCACCUACGCCCGCCCUUCCCCCAACACUGUUGCCUACCAGGACUCCCUUGCCAACGCCUGCGGUGUCAACCUCAACACCCGCAUCCUCCAGUUCAAGCCCGCGCCUCCCGAGUCGUCUAAGCCCAUCGACCUUCGCCAGCAGUACAACCGUCCUCUGAGGGCGGCCACGGCCACGAGCGCGCAGUUCCGUCGCCGUGUGGCCACCGCUCCUGAGCGUGUUCUUGACGCACCUGGUCUGAUCGAUGAUUACUACCUCAACCUGCUCGACUGGAGCUCCGGGAACCAGGUUGCCAUUGGUCUGGAGCGCAACGUCUACGUCUGGUCCGCAGAUGAGGGAAGCGUAAGCUGCCUUCUCGAGACCAGUGCUGACACCUACGUCAGCAGUGUCAAGUGGUCUGGUGACGGCGCCUACGUCGGCGUCGGUCUUGGAACUGGUGAGGUUCAGAUCUGGGACGUUGCCGAAGCCCAGAAGGUUCGCAGCAUGUUCGGCCACGACACCCGUGUCGGUGUCAUGGGCUGGAACAAGCAUCUCCUUUCGACUGGUGCUCGUAGCGGUCUUGUCUACAACCACGAUGUUCGCAUCGCCGAGCACAAGGUUGCCGAGCUCGUCUCCCAUACCUCUGAGGUCUGUGGUCUGGAGUGGCGUUCCGACGGCGCUCAGCUCGCUACUGGCGGCAACGACAACCUUGUCUCCAUCUGGGACGCCCGCUCGCUGUCGGUUCCCAAGUUCACAAAGACCAACCACAAGGCCGCCGUCAAGGCCCUCGCCUGGUGCCCCUGGAACAUGAACCUUCUGGCCACGGGAGGUGGUUCGUAUGAUCGCCACAUCCACUUCUGGAACUCUACCUCGGGCGCCCGCGUCAACAGCAUCGACACUGGCUCGCAGGUCACCAGCCUGCGCUGGAGCCCCAACUACCGCGAGAUUGUCAGCUCGAGCGGCUUCCCCGACAACUCUCUCAGCAUUUGGAGCUACCCCACCCUGGUCCGCAACGUGGAGAUUCCAGCCCACGAGAGCCGCGUUCUGCACAGCUGCCUGAGCCCGGAUGGCCAGAUGCUUGCCACUGCUGCUGCCGACGAGAGUCUGAAGUUCUGGAAGGUGUUCGAGAAGAAGGCUGGCUCCAGCUCUGGGGUUGGUGCCACCGGCACAUCGACCAAGGCUGAGAUGACCAAGCAGAUGACCAUCCGCUAA